GGGUGGGGAAGAGUAACGGCCACCUGCGGCUAUGGUAGAAGGGGGCCUUGAGACUCUUUCUCGGCCUGGUGAGUGCUGUUCCUGGAGGUCGGUGCAAUUGACAGCGAUCGCACGACCGGCUGCGGGUCCGCCGACCGGUAGGUUGCCAGUUGACGUGGGGGUCGCUACCGUGGUAGCGGGAGAAAGCUCGAGUGCACGCGGCGGGAGAGAGGGAGGAGGAGGAGGAGGAGGAGGAGGAGGAGGGAGGGGAGGGGGGGGAGGUGUGCUGGGAGUGGUAGAGAAGAAAAGGAGAGAGCUGUCGAGCCGCGGCGGGGGACGUUACCACUCGAGGCAGCGGAGGAUUGCACGGCGGAUCUCUCUUCUAAAUGACUUAGCGGGCGGAUUAGGAGGAGGAGGAGGGGGAGGUGGGGGAGGUGGUGGUUCGAGGGGGGAAGCGGAAAGACUAGCGACCAUGUCUACCACCAUUGUUGGCAGGCCGUUACCCCCGGUUCGCGAGGAAACCUUCGACGAGAUGAACAGCCUUGAUGAUGCCUUCACUCAUAAGAGGCGUUCAGAGGUAGCUAGGAAAUUGGUUGGGGCCUCCAAAAAGGUGAUGGAAAGAAGCAAAGCCCUACAUGAUGCCGCCGCAGCGUAUAGCGCGAGGCUGAAGGCAGAGGCGGAUGCAUUAGGUGAGGAGGCAACCAGCCUGGAGAAGGAGAUUACCCAACUUAAAAAUGACAAUGCGAUGGCUGUCGAGAACGAUGAAAUCACGCCCGACCUUGCCGAAGCUCUGGACGAUGACCUGGAUCGCUCGCGAAGCAUAGUCUAUGAAGGCGAUGUAGCUGCACUUCUACCGCACAAACGGAAUGGGCCAUUCUUGAGACUCUUCCUUGGGCAUGUGAAUGUGAUUGCUGCACGUCGGGAUGUACGCCUGAAAGUGAAAGAUGAGUACAAUAGCUACCGGGAUCGAACAGCCCUCUUGUUUUUGGGAUUCGCAUCGGUGUUGCUUUUGCUCAUGCACAAGGUGGAUGGUUGUGUUCCCGGCAUUCUAUUGACGGCUUAUCAGGCGUGGUUGCUGUUUUUCUACACCAGUCUUGCAUUGAGAGAAAACAUCUUGCGGAUAAAUGGAAGCAAACAUGAAGCUCUUCUUGAUGUGGGCAGUUCUCCAAGGGGUAGUUAUGCUUCUGCAGAACCGGUAUCAGCGAAGACGGCUUUACACCAGAAUUGCCCUGGGGAAGUUUGCGGAGUAUUGUUGCUUAUCAUGGCCAUAGGAAACUUUACGAACACCGUGGGAACUCUAGUUACAAAGGCGAGAAUAAAAGCACGGAUGAAGCGGAAGGGAAACCAGAUAUUGCAGCAGUUUCCCUCAGGGGAAUCGUUUUUCAAAAAAUCACCUUCUCUGUGAAUUCUUCCCGACGGUCCGACUCAUCUCAACUCCUUUCUGUGUCUUCCACCAACAUAGCCUCUUGGCACUAGCAGUCGGACACACGGUUUCUCCUCUUAAGGGCUGUUGUAGGUUUCCCUCCUUCCUAGUAAACCUACAAUCUUCCAACGAGCACCCCCCCUCCCCUGUCCAUGCUUUCUACACAUGAGGACCCGCACCCUUUUCUUCUGAACUCUCCUCUUUCCCCUACCCUCCCCCACAUGUCUCGUUGCAUCUCUCGAGCCACACCGGUGUGGCUCGUUUUUCUUUUGCCCCCUUAUCUUCCCUUCUCUUUUGUUUUUCUUUUUCCCCCUUAUCUUCUCUUCUCUUUUGUUUUUCCUUUUCCCCCUUAUCUUCCCUUCUCUUUUGUUUUUCCUUUUCCCCCUUAUCUUCCCUUCUCUUUUGUUUUUCCUUUUCCCCCUUAUCUUCCUUUCUCUUUUUUCCUUCUUCUUCCUUCUCCCUUUUUUCCUUUUUCUUAUUUCUCCUUUUUUUCCUUUUUCAGAGUUUUUCUUCCUUCUCCGUUUUUUUUCCCCUGCUGGAUUAGCCAGCAGUUGGCAUAAUAGGUCAAUGGAUCAAGUCCCCCUUUGUCGGCGCCCUGUUCCACUUUGUCAUGUUGUGUACAGCAUGUCGCGCUUCAUUGUGUUGAGCUUCAUCGAGUUCUGCAUUGGUCCAUUGUAAUUCAGCUAGUACGCAUUUUUGGUUGUCGUGCGAUGAAAGAAAAUGUCGCUCUUUUUCCGUGUUCAAAAAUACAAAACCCUUCGGUCAUCCUCCAGCUUAUGAGACCCACCCGUCGUCCUCCUUUACGCAUCGUCCACGAUCUGUCUCCCGAUUCUCUCCAUUCUUGGACGUGUACUAUUUUUUAACUUGUGGCGAGGACUGUGCUCUGCUCGCAUCAUGCAGAACACAUUGCGUGACCUUUCUCCUCCCACACGUACGUGCAUUUCACAGCUCUUUCAUGGUGUUUGCGAGCUUUCUGCCGCCUGCAUGCAUCCAUUGUCCCCUUCCCUUCCCCUCUUCCCUUCCCCUCGUCCCCCCUUCCCCUCCCCCCGCACCCCAACCCCCGCCACCCAGGAUGAAUUUGACUCCAUCUUCUAGUUCUGGUUUCUGAACGAAGAUGUUGGACAUAACAGGGGCCACAUGCUGCAGGGAACUGCAGUGUAACCUCUCUACGGCAGUCACUGCGUGAAAGCACGUGCAUGUCAACUUCUGAAGUUCUGAGAAAUGAACACAACCUACGGCU